UCAACCGGAUGAGCAAACCAACGUGGUGUCUGCAGAGCUUCAGUACAGACAGGCUUAUUUUUAUAUUAGUUAUAUAAUCUGUUAUAGUCAAUAUGACUGAAAGUAAAGCAGAGUCAGUGUCUAAGCCAGCUAAAGAGCUGCUAGCUUUAAACCCGAAACAAGAGUCUGACUUCAAGAAGAAGGUGCAGGAGGCGAAGAAGAAGAAAUCAGCAAAGGGGCCAGUUCGUGUGACUCCCGGAGUGAUUUAUGUGGGACAUUUACCUCUCGGCCUGUUUGAACCUCAGCUCAAAACUUACUUUGAACAGUUUGGGAAAGUCCUCCGACUGCGGCUGUCCAGGAGUAAAAAGACAGGUGGAAGCAAAGGUUACGCAUUCGUAGAGUUUGACUGCGAUGAAGUUGCUAAGAUUGUUGCAGAGACCAUGAAUAAUUACCUGAUGGGAGAGAGACUCAUCAAAUGUCACGUGGUCGAGCCGGAGAAAGUACACGAGAAGCUGUUCGUCGGCUCUCAGAGGGAAUUCAAGAAGCCGUCUCAUCCCGCCGUCAACCGCUACAACAAGGAGCGCACGGCCGAGCAGAUCGCCAAGAUGACUGACAAGCUGCUGCGCAAAGAGUCCAAGCUCCGCAAGAGGCUCGCCGCACACGGCAUCGAAUACGAGUUCCCGGGAUUCGCUUCUCAGGUGCCUGCCAAGAAGAAGUCUGACGGCAUGGACGCUUCAACGUGUAGCGAUGGCCCCACACCCGUCUGCACCCCCUCCCUGCUGGAGAGGAGGAAGUCGAUGGUUGCCGGGGACGACGACGGGGACGACGAGAUCAUCCUGAAGUUGCCGGCUGUGGACAAAGACGAAGAAGAGGGUUCCUCAGAAGAAGAGGAAGGCAGCGAUAAUGAAGAAGGAGAAGAGGAGGAGGGGGAGGAGGGGGAUGAGUCAGAGAACGAGGAGCCGUCCGAAGGAGACAAACCCGCCACAGAGGAGGCGGAGGCGCAGUGAAAGUCUUUUUGUUUUAAGGUGGACUUGGUUCUCUGGCGGUCAGAGCAGGAUCACGUGUGGUCUUUGAUUUUGCUUUGAGUUACAGAAAAAAGCUUCGAACUGAAAUCACUGAGUAUCUUUUUUUCUUUUUUUUUUAUUAUGUGGAAAUCACAUAACAGUCUAGAAAGAAGCUCUUAUUAUUAUUAUUAUUAUUAUUAUUGUUAUUAAAGAUUCCAGAUUAAUAGUAGGUAUAAAUUAUGAGUAUUAUGAACGAUGCUCAGAAUAAAACCCCCUGACCUGGACGUCUUUAACAAUGUCAUAAAUAUAAAUAUACAUUAAAUCAGUUCUGGAGCAAGCUGUUUUCUUCCCCCUUAUAGGGCUGUAAUGUUUAAUGCAAGACAGGAGCAAGUUUUUUCUUUUUGUGUGUGUGUGUGUGUGUAUGUGUGUGUGUGCGUGCGUGUGUGUUUAAAUUUGUAUUACGUAUGAUCUUUAAAGAAUAAAUAUGAGAAUCUACUCUGGAGCCGUCAUUUUAAUACACAGGAUGUUUAUUUUAAAGGAACAACAAGCAAAAUAAGACUUUUAAAUAUGUCACAGUAGGAAAAUUUAAAGUGUAUAUUAUAAAAUUAAUGAUGGCUGAAAUCAAUUUAGCUGUUUGAGGGUUAUUGUGUGUACUCAUGGCACUGUCAAAGCCUAAUUGGACACUUUGAACAGCCAUCAUUAAUAUUAAUAAUAUACUUUUUCUAAUUAUCAAUGUCAGUGUCGCUCACUUUAUAAUGUGCUUGAACUUUGUUGCUUUUAGAUAUGAAGUACAGCACACUCAAGCUUCAAUAAUAACACAAUGUCAGUAUGAAACUCUG